AAGUGCAGAAAACCCGUCCCGGUUUCACCAGUAUAUCUCUCCGCACCAGCCGAGCGGAGCCGCGUUUCUGCAGAAAGAAAACCGAAAGUGUCUCCGGCACAAGGGCGAUGGCGGACACCUACUCCUACCCUCUGCUCGUGGAGCUCCCAGACGGAAACAUACCUAAAUUAAAAAAUAAGUUAGUGAAAUACUUUCAAAGUAAGAAAUCCAACGGUGGCGACUGCGAGGUGGACUAUGAGCCCGGCAGCAGGACGGCCGUGCUGCGCUUCCGCAGAGAGGAGGACCAGAGAAACGUUCUGGCGAAAGCGGCGCAUCAAAUCAGUUUGGAUAAGGGUGUCAUAAAGAUGACGGUUCAUCUACCUUCAGAGGAGAAAAAAACGCAGGAAACCCCAUCUGAGAAAGGCAACAAGUCAGACGUUGCAGUGACGAUCAAAGAGAGUAAGGCUGAUGAACCCAACCCUGCAGAUCCAGUUCAGACAGAGGAAAAGGGCAAAGAAGCUGAUGCAGCAGAUGAAGAGCUGUGCUCCACCUCGGCUGUUCUAGAGAAUCUUUCAGAAAGGGGAAGCGAGGAGUUUUUGCAGAUGCUGGUGGAGAACAUUUUAAAAGCCCAUGCUCAUUCUUCUGCCUCUCAAGGCUUCAAUUUGGAAAUCAUUCCUGAGAUCUCAUCUGCUGUUGUGACUUUCCAGAGUGGAAAAGUGAAUGCUGACUUUAUUGCACAAUGCCCUCAAAACAAGAUGUUCACAAAGCUGAAUUUUUCAGUCCGACCACUUGAAGUCACAAAGCAAGUAGUAGUGGAGAACAUUCAAAAUACUAACGUCGACAUGCUCCAACUAUACUUUGAAAGUGAAGGUGGGGAUGUGGAUGAUCUAAACCUUAAUGAAGCGGAACAGUCUGCUGUCAUUACAUUUGAAGACUGUCAAGCUGUUCAAAAAGUCUUGAAGAAGAAACAUCACAUCAAAAAUGAAGAUAUCAAAGUCUAUCCAUUUUACAAAUCUUUGGGAGUAGCCCUGUAUGGCAAGGAUCAACCUUCCCUUAAACUUCCUGCUGCCACCUCUGAGCCCAUAGACAGUGAUAUCUGGAGAUACCUCACUAACAAUCAAGCAGCGGCCCAGAGCGUUCGUAGUGACAUGGCAAAACAUUUUUGUGAUGUGAAUCUUGACCAGUCUACUGUACGGUUGAGCCCCUUGUCAUUAUUACUGAAACAGAAAGACGCUAAAGCCACAAUGAAAGACUGGACGACUACUGUGAAGUCAGCCUUUGCACAAGCUAUGUCAAAAUUCAAAUCUCUGAAGUUCCCAGUAGAGUCAGAGGUGUGGGAAAAGUCAGAGGAGAAGAUCAGACAGUCACUGCUGAAUGAAGAUGUGCUGGUAGUGUCUGAAAAAUCCAGUGGUGUCCUAUCUGUGGUUGGCCUUGUGAAUGAUGUCAACAGACAAGAGAAAACGGUGUCUGAAGCCCUAAACAAGAUUAAUCAAACAGUGCAGAGGGAGAAAACAGUCAAAACCCAAGAGAUCAAAGUGCCACCAUCAAUUUUCCACAUCUUGUCUCAAGAUGGUCUUCAGGAUAAGCUUCUCCGAGUGUCCCCAGAGCUCAAAACACACUACGACAAAGAGGCUGCAGUUUUAAAAGUAACUGGCCUUUUCAAUGAGAUUUUUGAAGUGAGCAAAAUUAUAAAUGAUGGAAUCCUUGGAUUUAAACGGGGAAAUUUAGAGGUAGAUACUUAUGUGUUUGACAUGAUGAAGGAUGAACAACAAGAGGAGCUUACAAGUGCUCUCCUUACAUCUGUUGGCAUAAAUGCAGCAUUAGAAAUCAGUGCACAGAGGGUACAGCUGGUGGCUCUCUCAGACAAAGAUCUACUUCAUGGUCAAGACCACUUGAGAAGGUUUUUAAUAUCCCAGUACAUCGAUGUUGAAGACGUUGAUGUCCUGAAGAAGCCAGAGUGGCAGGUGUUGGUUGGUCAGUUGGAGAAUGAUAACAAUAAGAAAUGCAGGAUAACUCAAUCUCCUCAGAAAGUCGUGGUGUCCGGUCAUAAAGAUAGUGUCGAGCAAGUUAGCAGUGAACUCAGUAGCUUCUUAACACAGAAUGCUCAUGUUGAAACAACUGUUGAUGUUAAAGCAAAUGUCAUCAUUGACUAUAUUAAAAGUCUGGACAUGUCCUGGCUGAAGGACUGGGAAGACAAGGUAGCUGUGUCUUUCAGAAAAGAAGCCAUCUUCUUAAGUGGUUCCAGAGCUUCUGUGGAGCAAAUAAAGAUUUUGCUUGAAGAUGUAGUCGCUUCUGUGUCCUUUGACAUUUUAAGACUGUCCAAGCCUGGAGUGAAGAAGCUCUUCAAGGACAAGGAUAGCAUGUUAUUAUCCACAAUCAGGAGGGACACUGGUUGUCUGGUCCAACUGGUUGAUGAAGAUGGUGAUAAAGGAGAUGAUUGGGCUUCUGUACAAGUACAGAAACCUGUCUACCAAAUUAAAACACAAGAUGGGGUGGAAAUAGCUGUUUGCAAGGCUGACAUGUGCAGUUACCCUGUUGAUGCAGUUGUCAAUGCUUCUACUCCAGCCUUGAAACACAGUGCAGGUCUUGCAGCAGCACUUGUGAAAGCUGCUGGCCCUCAGUUGCAGGCUGAAUGUGACAGAAUUGUUUCGAAGGGACAACUCAAGCCCGGAGACUGUGUCAUAACUGGUGCCGGGGGGCAGCUUUGUUGCCAAAAAAUCAUCCAUGCAGUAGGGCCGAAGUACAUAAAAACGCCUUCACAUAAGGCUGAAGCUCAGCUGAGAAGAACUAUUAAAAACAGCUUAGAACUUGCUGAAACACAUGGUUGCACUUCUGUGGCUCUUCCUGCCGUUGGCAGAGGCCAGGGUUUUCCUCUCGAUCUCUGUGUAGCUACCGUCGUCAAAGCAGUGAAGGAUUACUAUCUUGAGAAAUAUGACACUAUCUUGAAGAUGAUUCAUUUGGUGGACAACGAUGACAGUGUAGUUCAGGCUAUGGAAGGUGCUGUCAAGCAGGAGUUUGGAAGUCACAGCGUUGUUAAUUCUCCACAACCUCUGACCACAAAAGUGUCCAAGUCUCCACCAGUGAAACGUGCUGUGGACGAUUCCUGCUUGUGUCGUGUGCAGACUAAAGAAGGCUUGGACAUCAUUCUUACAAAAGGAAACAUAGAGGCUUCAACGAUGGAGGUGAUAGUGAACACAGUGUCUGAAGAUUUUGACCUGACUAAAGGGGCAGUUUCAAGGGUCAUCCUGGCUGCGGCUGGACCCAGACUUCAGCAAAUGGUAGCAGCCCAAGAUCCUCGAGGAGCAGUCGGGGAGGUCGUUGUUACUGACGGCUGCAAUCUCAAGAGCCAAAAUGUGUAUCACACAGUUGCCCCUAGGUGGGACAAAGGCAAAAGUACAGCUAAGAAGACCUUAUGCGACAUCUUAAAUCGCUGCCUGGACUUGGCAGAGAGUAACCAUAUGAGUUCCAUAUCCUUCCCAGCCAUUGGCACUGGAAACCUGGGUUUCCCGAAAGACCUUGUAGCUUCUUUGAUGCUGGAAAAAAUAUUAGCGUUUAGCAGCCAGAACCACCCCAAGAACCUGAAAAAGGUUGUGAUUGUCCUUUAUCCUACGGAUGCUGAGACCAUCAAGGAAUUCAGUGAUGAAUUUAUGAAGAAGUUUCCCAGUGCUGCACAUGGCUCAUUGGCCCCUAACAAAGUACAAAGUCCAGCUGGCCCCUUUUCCAAUGUUGCCUCCAGUUCAGGAAUGCAUGAGACUAAACUGGGAAAUGUGACCAUUCAGGCAGUAACAGCAGACAUAACCCAGGAGACCACAGACGUCAUUGUCAACUCUUCCAAUGCAGACUUUUCUCUCAAGUCAGGAGUAUCUAAGGCUAUUCUGGAAGCAGCUGGUCAGGCUGUUGAACAGGAGUGCCGAAACCUUGCUGCCCAGCCCAACCCCGGCAUGAUAAUGACCCAGCCGGGUAACCUAAAGUGUAAGAAGAUCCUCCACCUAAUCGGAACAACAGACACAAUAAAAAUCAAUAAAAGUGUGAAAGAAGCCCUGGAAAUGUGUCUGAAAACAUCCCACACUUCGGUUUCAUUUCCUGCCAUUGGCACAGGUCAAGGCAAUGUACAAGCAAGACAGGUGGCGGAUUCCAUGUUGGAUGCAGUGAUUGAGGUGUUAAGCCAAAACACUUCCAGUACCCUGACAACAGUCCGGAUAGUGGUGUUCCAGCCACACAUGCUCAAAGACUUUUCUGACAGUAUGCACCAAAGGGGACAUAUCGACGCAAAGGAUAAAGGAGGAGCCUUCAUGCAAUUUUGGGGCAAAUUGAAAACAAUAUUAGUGGGUAAAACUACUGAAAGUCCAGAUAAAAAGGAGGAUUUUGUCAUUGUGACCGUCCAAGGGGACCCUACAUGUUUCCACAUCUGCGGUGGCAGACAGGCUGAAGUAGACUCUGCCAAGAAACGGAUAACUGACCUGAUAUCCAUGGGGCAAACCAGUGUCCUCGUCACAGACAGCAGCAUCUCUAACAUGGGUCAGGCAGACAUCCAGCAACUCAUUGACAUCCAGAAGAAAUUAGGGGUUGUCAUUAGAUCUGAGAUCAUGAACGGCCAACACUCACUCAUCAUUGAAGGACUCCAAAAGGACGUGUUUGAAGUAAAGUGUGCGGUCUAUGAUAUGUUGAAGAAGGUGAGAGAGGUGGAGGAAAUGAAGAGGAACAUGGCGCUUGCAGGCAGAGUGGCAGACUGGCAGUAUGAGCAGAGUGGACAGUUCAUAAGUUUUGAUGCAAUGGCCAACUUCCAACUUGAGCAAGCAUGCGAAGAGUCAAAACCACGUAUAACAAUUAAAGUCCAGGGACAAGUCUACACUGUGGUCCUGCCAAAUGGACCGGCCACUGACAGCCAGGGAAACGUUCUGAAGAUAAGGCGAAACGACAAACUAAAAGGUCAAGAAGUUCCUGUUUCUUGGGACCCCAUGCCAACUGGUACCACCUGCCUACCUUUUCUAAUCCAGCCUGGGACACCAGAGCACACUGAUGUCCUCAAUCUUUUCCAGGUUUCAUGCAAGCGACCAAUUACCAAGAUUGAGAGGAUCCAGAACCCUACAUUGUGGAAGGCUUAUCAGGCCAAGAAGCAGGACCUGGAGCUAAGAAAUAAGCAUCAGAACAACGAGAAACGCCUUUUCCAUGGAACCUGUGAAAGCACGGCUAGCAAAGUCAAUGAACUUGGCUUCAACAGGAGUUAUGCAGGAAUGAAUGCUGCGGCAUAUGGCAAUGGCACAUACUUCGCCGUCAAUGCCAGCUACUCUGCCAGUGACACCUACUCCAAACCCAAUAGCAAUGGGGAAAAGAUCAUGUACCUCUGCCGGGUGUUGACAGGAGAUUUCUGCAAAGGAAAGUCAGGCAUGAUCGAUGCACCGACCAAGGGGACCUCCUCUGUUGAAACAUACAACAGUGUUGUGGACAAUGAGGCUAACCCUAUCAUCUUCGUGAUCUUCCAUGACAACCAGGCGUAUCCUGAAUAUAUGAUUACAUUCCAGUGACACGCCCUAUUUGACAAUGUCUCAUGAAGUUACUUGAGAUAACCAUGAGAUAAUAUGGGUAAUAUAUCAAAUUUGAGUCUUUGUUUCAACUUUCACUUUGGAAAAGUAUUAGUAGUCUGACUCAUGUAGUGCCUUAAAAGGUUACAAUGAACACAUUGCCAUUUGAUCCAAGUAGUAAUCAAUGUUUUCUUUUGUUUGUUUGUUU